AUGCAGGAGCAGGUGGACGGCGUUACCGUGGCUGUGAUGCGCCCUGUGGACCCCUCGGAGUUGGCGGAGCUCAUGGCGCGGGUACCCAAGGAGUGGCAGCCGGUGUUGCAAGAGUCGGCAGGGUGGAAGACUGCGCACUGGAACGACGGCGGGGGCCUGGAGGUCACACCGGCGAAGCCCACACGCGAGACGAAGAGCCGCCUGUGCAAGACCGCGUGCGUUCUGGGGGUAGGGGCGGCCGUCGGCUUCUUUGCGAACUAUCUGUUGCGGUCCGGCGGGUCGGCGCAGCCGUGGGUGGCGAAAGAAGACUUCGAGAUGCCGAACACGUACGCCAAGUUGACGAACAACCAGGGAGCGAUCAUCUUCGAGGCCGGAGGCCCCGUGCCGGAGGCGCCCUGUGGCAGCGGUACCCUGCACUGCGACUCGGGAUGCAGCAACGCUGGCGGCGGCGGCUGGCCCAUCUCCUUCGGCAGCCCCUGGCCCGUCUCCUUCAAUCUAGCCUGGAAUAUCACUCACCAGUUGACACCCAAAAAGUGCCAGGUGCUGUGCCACACACCGCAAGAAACGCAGAACUCUCUCCACAGCCGACUCCUCGCACGCUUUCCCGUCCAAGCGGCUGGGACGCCCAUGUCGUCCCAGAACCAGCUCCGACAACUCUAUGCAGGACGCAGUUUUAACUGCAAAGGCUGGAGCGCCUCCGCUCGAGACAUCGGCACACUCCGCCAGUGCAUUUGCGACGUAGCCAGCGUCACCUGCGAGGUGACGGCCAAGAGCAAAAAGGCAAUGCACGAGGUCACAUUCACCGACUUGGAAGCUCCCCUGGCGAGGGUGGCCAACAUCUUCAGCGACUACCCUAAAGAAGUCUACGACGUCAAAAACUGCGGUUACGAAUGCUGGAGUUUAGCGCCGGACACGAAACGGACCGUGCGCGCAAACAGAGUCGCAGAAGCCGCCCGCCGAGCCACCCAAAACAGUAACAGUCCCUCAACCAGCAAGCAUACCAAACAGCAGAGUGCCAAGGACCUUACCCGUGACGAUGUCAGCUGGUAUAUGGGUACUCGCUUUGGUUAA